CAAUUUACCUGGAGCUAUUAUUUCCUUCCAUCUUUGAAACACUGGGUUUCUAUAAUCUUUCAUUCAUGGCUUCUUCAUCCUCAUUUCAGCCCAAUGCUUUUAGUGAAAUUAUACCCGAAUUCAACAGCUUACAACCUUCACCAUCUUCCAAAGUAUUUGAUGUAUUCAUUAACCACAGGGGUCCUGAUGUAAAAGAUACUCUUGCUCUUCAGCUUUAUAAACUUCUUGACAGAAUGGGAAUUCGAGCAUUUCUUGAUUCCCAAGAGCUUGAAUUCGGGGAUUCCGUUCCUUCUACAAUUGGGAAUGCCAUCCGUUCUGCAUCAGUUCAAAUUGCUAUUUUCUCUAAAAUGUAUGCAGAGUCUCCUUGGUGUUUAGAUGAACUAGAUCUCAUGUUAAAGACCAGUGCUAGGAUUAUUCCUAUUUUUUAUCAUGUCGAGCCUUCGGACCUCCGCUACACAGAGAAAGGGGUGUAUUCUGAUGCAUUCAGUACGUUUGUACAGAAGGGAAGGUACUUAAACAAGAUUGAGGAAUGGAGAAAGGUUCUUUGCUCUGUGUCUUUCAUCUCCGGCUACGUACUCACCAAAUUUAAUAGUAAUUGUAAGAAGCUAUGCAAAGAGAUAGUGUAUGCUGUUCAUAAAGAGGUAGAAAAGAGAAAACCAUUACCCGUGGCAAAAAGUCCAGUGGGACUUAAUGAGAUUGUGGAAAGUUUUGAAAGGACCUGUUGCAAGAAAAGAGUGGACAAAGGCGGCAUCAUUGGCAUAUUUGGGAUGGGCGGAUCUGGAAAGACAACCCUUGCCAAAGAAUUGUUCAAUCGCAAGCGGUCGGAGUACAAUGAAUCUUGUUUUCUCUUCAAUGUGCGAGAAACGAAUUGUAUUUCCUUGCAAAGCAAACUCCUAAUGGAACUGUUCCAUGAAAAACGUCGAUUUAAGAGUAUAGAUGAAGGAUCUAGCUAUCUCCAACAUCGUCUGGCAAGGAGGGAUCGGUUGAAAUUCCUUAUUGUUUUGGAUGACAUUGAUCAUGUGCACCAGUUAGAUGAUUUAUUAGUAAGGGAUAUGCUGAGUCCUGGCAGUUUGUUAAUUGUCACAACCCGUGAUGAGAGGGUGCUAAUCAGGUCUAAAAUCAGCGUUCGUUAUAAGAUGAAAGAAAUGAAUAGGGAUCAUAGCAGAAAGCUUUUCUGUUGGCAUGCUUUCCGCCAACCAUCUCCAGUAAGUGAUUUUGAGGAUUUGGUUGAAAGCUUUGUAACAGUGUGUGGAGGUUUACCUUUGUCUCUCCAAGUCUUAGGAGGCCUUGUUUUUGCUAGUAGAGACAGGAAGUAUUGGCAAUUGCAAUUGGAUAAAGUUCUUAAAAUGUUGCCAGGAGACAUCAGACACAAACUCAAAAUAAGCUUUGAUUCACUGGAUAGUGAGGAGAAACAGAUAUUUAUGGACAUAGCAUGUUUCUUCAUUGGAAUAGACAAACAAAUGGCCAUAAGGAUAUGGAAGGGAUCAGGCUGGAGCGCAAAGCAUGCACUUCAAACCUUACAAGAUAGAUGUCUUGUUAUGUUUGAUAGAGUGUAUGAAACUAAAUGGCAUGCUGUUUUCAAAAUGCAUGAUCACCUCCGUGAUUUGGGAAGAGAGAUGGCAGAGCAAAUGAUUCCUCCUCAACGCCUAUGGCAACCUCAAUAUCAUAAAUCACUGGCAUCAAAACCAUUCCAAAACAUAUUCAUGGAACUGAAUGGCCGGUGUUUCAAUUGCAUCUCUGACUCGUUUCAGAUGACAUACUUUUUUGGAAACUCAGAUGAUUCUGUUCAAACAUCCUCUACUCUGCUUUCGCUUGAGCUUAGCAUGUUCAAGGACAAACACUUGACCAUUCCUUCAUGGCUUCCCCUACAAAAUUUGCAGUACUUGAGAAUUAAGGGCGGAUGUUUGGAAAGGUUGUGGCAGAGCGAUUCACAGGCCCCUUCACAGUUGAAAGAGCUACAGCUUCAGUACACAUCAGUUGAAGAUCAGUUCCCUAAUUCAUUAGGAGUAUGGAAAAAAUUAGAAGAUCUAGUCCUGUUUGGAAUGGGACGGCAAGGAUUUGAAAUUGGCCAAUUUAUAGUAAUUGAAGGGAGAUCGCUCUCAGAGUCACUUAACAAUCUCACCAAUCUUAGAAACCUAGUUUUGACACAUUUGUCUGUAAGUGGGGAACUAGCUUUGAAUAGAAGCAGAGACUCGCCUAAUUUUAAGUCUUCCAUGGAUAGCCUUGAAAAGAUAGGUAUUCGUGAUGUAGAAGCUUUAUCAAAGAUCUCAAUUAGUGGACAGAACUGUCCACGCCUUAACUCUCUAGAGCUUAGAGACAUUAAACAUCUAAUUGAAGUUCAUUUUACACAAAAUAGUGUUGAACUGGGGCCUUGUGAUCUAGCAGAGGAAGGCUGUUCAGAAAUAAAAGAGUUAUCAAGUCUAGAGAGAAUUCAAAUUAAUAAAUGUUGGCAGCUGCAGAAAAUCACAGGUAUCGAAAAGUUGAGAAGACUAAAAUAUCUAUAUCUUUCAGCAGGCCGUGAAGCUAUAUGGGGUUGUGUUGAGAAGUUACAGAGAGCACCAGAGAAUGUGAUAGUGAAUGGGAUAGCAGCUGAAGGAGCAGAGAAAAAGUUAAAUGCAGAGCUAUUUUCAGAUGUUAUUGGUAACAAUGCAGUGGUUAAUAUUACUGAGAACUCAUUCAAGGAGGCAGUUGUAACAUUAGAAACACAGUCAUUGAGUGCAGGGAUCAUAUGUCUUGUGAUUCCAACCUCUCAUCCCAUGGGCUAUAUGAGUGGUAUAGAAUCUCUAACAGGAGAAUAUGUCUCUACAUGUAUGGUUACUGUCCCAACACAAAUAAAGCGCGUUUGGAAGUGCCAAUUUGGUAAAACCCCAACAAAGAGAGGGUAUAUAAUAAGGGUGAACAAAGAUGAAGAAUGGAAAGCCCUACAUGUAUUCAAAACCGUUAUUUCUACGUUAUACUAGCAGCACUAGCAGUACUAGCCAAAGGAAACCACGGUAUAUCUAUAGGCAGCUAGUAAGCUGUAUGUUUUCUUUUUCUAAUUUAUGAGAACACAUAUAUUUGACCUCAAGAAACAAUAUUUCCUGCUAUCAUGGCCAAGAGCUGGGAAGCCAUAUUAUAUUUGUUGCUAAGGGAGAAAGAAACCUUCUAGAGAUGUGAACCAAAGAAAACAAGUAAUAUAAAGAAAUAUAACAGGCAAAGAACAUGCAAGUAUAGUCUUUCAAUGAA